CGGCACCAGGGGACAGACGCGCGUUUGUUAAUGCGCUUUCACGAUAUUUCUUCCUCUCGUCGACUGGAACCAAAGAGUUCCUACAGAAAAAAGUGAAGAAGCGAUGGAGCCGGCGGCGAGAUGCACUUUGCUGUUUGUUCUCGUGGGUUUGUUGGCGCAAGAUUGCUUCUCAUCCAAGGCAGAGGACCGGCUGUUCAGGAAACUGUUCAGAAGAUAUAACCAGUUCAUCAGACCAGUCGAAAACGUCUCUGACCCUGUUACAGUGGAGUUUGAGGUCUCCAUCUCGCAGCUUGUCAAAGUUGAUGAAGUGAAUCAGAUCAUGGAAACAAAUUUAUGGCUUCGACAUAUUUGGAACGACUACAAGCUGCGAUGGUUGCCAGCUGAGUUUGACGGGAUUGAGUUCAUUAGAGUUCCAUCAAACAAGAUCUGGAGACCCGACAUUGUGCUCUACAACAACGCUGUAGGUGAUUUCCUAGUGGAGGAUAAGACCAAGGCUCUCCUGAAGUUUGAUGGCACCAUCACCUGGGUUCCCCCAGCAAUUUUUAAAUCCUCCUGCCCCAUGGACAUCACCUAUUUCCCCUUCGACUAUCAAAACUGCUCCAUGAAGUUUGGCUCCUGGACUUAUGACAAAGCCAAGAUUGACCUGGUACUUAUCGGGUCUAAGGUGAACCUGAAAGACUUCUGGGAGAGCGGUGAAUGGGAAAUCAUUGAUGCUCCAGGCUACAAGCAUGAUAUUAAGUACAACUGCUGUGAGGAGAUCUACCCGGACAUCACCUACUCCUUCUACAUCCGGCGCUUGCCGCUCUUCUACACCAUCAACCUCAUCAUCCCCUGCCUCCUCAUCUCUUUCCUCACAGUGCUGGUUUUCUAUCUCCCAUCUGACUGUGGUGAGAAGGUCACGCUCUGUAUCUCCGUCCUGCUCUCCCUCACUGUGUUCCUGCUCGUUAUCACGGAGACCAUCCCCUCCACGUCGCUGGUCAUCCCGCUCAUUGGAGAGUACCUGCUCUUCACAAUGAUCUUCGUCACACUCAGCAUCGUCAUAACUGUGUUCGUGCUGAACGUACACUACCGCACGCCAAUGACCCAUACUAUGCCGAGUUGGGUGCGCUCAGUGUUUCUCAAAAUGUUGCCGAGGAUUAUGCUGAUGCGGAGGCCGAUUGACGAAGACAGCAAGGCUCGGGGGUUGGACAGCAGUGGGGAGGCAGGAGGAGCUGGAGGGGGAGGAGGAGGCGGAGGAGGCAAAGGAGGCAAAGGAGGAAAGAAAAGGAAGAACAGCUUGAUGCAGCAGGUUGGAGGAGGCUCCCUCAACUGUUUGGAGUUCGGGGACAGUAAGCUCUCGUCUGUGGAGGGCUGCACUGGGAAGAAAUGCCCCUGCCCCUGCCAGCAUGGGAAGGAGACCCCAGAAACACCAGAGAUGGGAAAGAUCACACGUCAGCUGAGUCCACAGAGCAUCAACACAGUGGUGGCCUUUUCUGUGGUGUCACCUGAGAUCAAACAGGCCAUCGACAGCGUCAAGUACAUCGCUGAGAACAUGAGGAGUCGCAACAAGGCCAAAGAGGUGGAAGAUGACUGGAAGUAUGUUGCCAUGGUGAUCGAUAGAAUCUUCCUUUGGGUGUUUGUGACCGUGUGCGUCCUGGGAACCGUGGGCCUCUUCCUCCAGCCGCUUUGUGGCUUCGUCUCGUAACUGCUAUCCGAUCAGGGUUCAUUGCCGCCCUGUGUCGACCAAUCCUGAACAAGUGACUAACUCUCAGUUCUCAGUUGACCAAUCAGAAGACAGAGUUUUGAGUCCUAAAGCACUGCUUGGUGUGCGGGUUUUGCUUCUUGCCUUUUGCAGAAAGCAGUGACAUGAUCAUGGAUAAAUGUUACAUUUGUACUUAAACUUAAGUUAAUUGUUAUAUGAUUGUUAACAAACAAUGAAAUGCAUUAUUUACCAUUUUUUAUGCAGUUGUAAAGGUUUAUAAAAAUCAUUUUCAACUUUACAAUAACAAAUCGUUUAUAAAGCAUUGUACUGUAAUAUUAACUAAAGUUUAAUUAACUUUAAAUAUGAUCUAUAUUAACGAUGGUUAUUCAGUGUUACCAGUAUUAAUGAAGUCUUACCAAGGGUUUUAAAGUUUUUAGACUGGCUGAUAAAGUGCAGAUACAAAGGUUGUAAUGCCUUAAUUUGAAACUUUGUAAGACUGAUUAUCUGACCUAAAAAACACUGACGAAGAACCAACAUUAUUCCUAAAAGUGUUGCAUUCUGUCUCAUUUUCACAAAGAUUUGUACAGGUUUAAUAGAUUUAUUUGAUUAGAUGAGAAAAUGUAAUUAAAAGUUGUUGUAGAUCCAGGAGAUAACUAAACAGACUGUAGUUACAAAUAAGUUAAUGUGAUAGAGCUCUUUAUUGCAAAUGAGACAUGUUAUCUCCAUGCACUUUAUUUAUAUGGCAUUAUGAUCAUUCAUAUGGUAACACAUCGAAGAGUAAAAUUAAGGUCUUACCUUACUUUUGACCAAAUUCAGUUACAGUGGUUCGCCUUGUAGUCAUGAUACCUGUAUAAUUAAAAAGAGGCAUGUUAGUGCUUGGCUGGGAACAAAACUUGGCACAUCUAGUAGUCCUUCAGGACUGGAACCAGAGAAUCAACAUCCAAUAGAUGUGAGCGAACUGGGAACUUGUCCACAUCCAGUAGCUAUGACACAAACUCUCCUGAACUCAGCCCUGCAGCAGCCGGUUAACUCUGUCCCCUCUGAGCUGACUGAUGACUGUCGUACCCGCUCCUCAAUCUGAUUCAUCAAGCUGCUCCCUGUCAGAGCCGAUCGCGCUCACCGCUUUUUUGUGUCAUUUCCAAUUAGAGUACCGAUUUCGGUGCACUUGGCAGUGCUUUAUACAAAUAAGGGCAGGCUGUUCUUCUUUUUGUAAUUAGAAACCAUGUGUUUAUAAAUGUUCUCUCUGAUUAAUGUUCCACAAGGUAAUUGGUUGGCCUGGUAAAUAUUGAAUUAAAUGGUACUUGAUGAGAUUCCUGAAAUAGCAUUGCAUUAAUUAAUUCAUGAGAGGAUUCUAUCAUCCAAUUCCAUGGCUAUUAAUUCAAUGUUUUCUUUUUCUUGUCACUUUUGAUUACGUUUGUUAUUACGAGCAAACAUGCAAUGCAAGAGACAUGCAUGACAGAAAUUUUGAUUGCUUUGGCCACAAAUAUAUUGUCCCCUGAUUACAGCCCUAUGAUGGUACUGCUUCAGUGGUUUAAUUUCAUUUAUCCCCAGUCCUUUUUGGUCAUACGAUGCAUUAGAAAAUUCACAACUCAUGCUAAUGGGAGAAAACCUGUUUGUAUGAAAUUAUCUUUGUCUUUCUUUUUGUCUGAUUGUCUUAAAAUAAAUGCAAUAUUUCUUCA